GGAGGAAAAAGGAAAAGCCCAUUCAUAUGGAUACACUGGUUCACAGUUUCAUUCAGCUCUUGUUGUGUUAUAAUUAAAUAUGUGGUUAAAAGUUAAACUGGUGAGGAGCUUCGACUGGUGGCACAGGGAGGUUUGGGAGGUUACGAAGGAGCAGAGUCUAAAAAGGGACAGACACAGGAAGAGAGGGGGCACUACAGUAACAGAUGGACUUAGAGGGAUUACAUGAUUCAGGAUGGGUUUGUGACAUAAAUUCCCAAGAAAGACAGAAAAGAGAGUAGAGUGGCGUGGAGACAGACGCUCAGUCGCUCCAUCAGUCCAUCAGCAGUCCUGCAUCUCUGACUGACUAUUGGCCAGCAGGAUUAAAGGGAGGAGUGCAGCCGGAGAGGUAAGGGUCACUGAUGCUCAUCCCGGAGGAGGAAUACUGGUGACAGAGAAAGAUGAAGAGGGCAGUGACACGGAGAAUCUGUCCCUGAUGGAGCAAAUAGUUCUUAAGGAGCUUUUUGAUUAAGGGCAGAGAGACUGCAGGGUUACAGGACUGCAGGAAGUCACAACUGGUUUGACCUGAAGUACCACAGGGGACAAGAAAAAGAUCUUUGGGGCUGUUGGCUGAAAUAUUGCAUGAGAGACAGACAGCAGUCAUGGGUCCAGCAGUGGAGCUCGUAAUAAGGGGCGGGCCUGAGUGUGUUCAUCAGGAGGCAGGGAGAUAUUAGCAGCACAUCACUUAUUCUUCCAUAACCUCUCCUUAUAAACACAGCUGGAGGACGUACGUGACCUCAGGCGGGUUUAUGACUCCAACAAUGUUAGAUGUCACCAUAUGGACACUCUGGUUUUAGCCUCUGUUUCAUUCAACCAUUUAAUUUCACUUUCUUGCCAGAUGGGUUUAAGGAUGUCCUCUAUCUCCUCUUUAGAUAUUCAGCUUUUAACGAUAAAUUCUUUUUAUUUUAUUCUUGUCACAUCGAGUGAAGACAAACUGGUCCACCACUGCUGAGGUCAGGGGAUGUAUGGCCACACGGAUCAAUAGCAGGAUAUCACAUUAAAGCUGUCUGGCCAGCACACCAUUAUGUCCUUGCAUCUCUCCUAGGGUCGUCCACCUAAAUCCCCUCUUGUUCAUUUUUUCGUUCCAUCUGUCCUUUCCCACGUGUAUCAACCUCAGAGCAUCUUAUCCACCUCCCUCCCCUCCCGCUCCCCUUAUCUUCCUCUCUUUUAAUCACGCUGAGUUUACAGUAUCGCUUUGUCAGCUGUGUUUUAUCAUCUUCUGUCCCUACUGUUACAUCAUAUUUAUCUUUUGCUUUCUGUUAAAACCUGGCAGCUCAUCACGUCUUUUAAACCACCCUGAAACAUCUGUGCUGCCCUCACGGCUCCAUCUGUGACAGUAGUUGAACCCUCUGUCCUUCUUUGUCCUAUCCCCACGUGCAGCACCUGCCCCCUCUUUGCCUGGCUUUCUCCCCUCUUUCUCUCUCUCUCCGGCCUCCCCCCCCCGCCUCCCUCUUCACCUGUGUGGCCAUGCUGGAGCGUUUGUCCCGUCGCUCUCGCUCCCUGCUCUCCCUGACCUUGACCACUCUGGCUCUGGCCCUCUCCAUCCUGGCUCUCUGCACCUCUUACUGGUGUGAGGGCACCCACAAGGUGGUCAAGCCCCUCUGCCUGUCGCCCGUCAAAAUGAAGAACUGUGGUCAGAACAACAGCGAGCCUUACACCACAGAGAGUCCCACUCAGAACCCCUUCAACCGCACACUGUCUCCAGCCAGGAGGGACGAGCUGGCCCGGAUCAGACAGAGACAGCUGGCCAAUGCAGUUCAAUACAUCUGGGAGACGGGAGAAGACAAGUUUGCUUUUAGAUACUUCCACACUGGUUUCUGGGAAAGCUGCGAGAAACACAACGAUGGGGAGAAAUGUCGGAGCUUUAUAGACUUAACACCUGGAGAAACACAAGGUGUGCUCUGGCUGUCAGUUAUUUCAGAGUUUACGUACAUCGGCCUGCUGGGGAUGGGCUUCUUACUGAUGUGGCUGGAAGUCUUGUGUUCCCAUAAAGAGAUGCACUCGCUAAAAAUCAAUGCGUACGCAGCGAUUUGUACCGUGUUAUCAGGUCUUCUUGGGAUGGUGGCCCAUAUGAUGUACACCACAGUAUUUCAGAUGACAGUCAUUGUGGGCCCCAAAGACUGGAGGCCUCAGUCCUGGGACUACGGCUGGUCAUUUGCUCUUGCCUGGGUGUCCUUCAGUUGCUGUAUGGGGGCCGCUGUGGUCACACUCAACUCCUACACAAAGACCAUCAUCGAGCUCCGUCGCAGACAGAGGCUCCGUUUGGAGGAAGCAAGAGCCGCCACUCACGCUCCCGCCUAUGAUGAAGUUGUUCCAGGGGGCGGGCUCUACUCCGUCAGCGGCCUGUUGCAGUGUCCAGACGGUAUGAUUGACGUAGCGUGGGCCCCGAACGGGAGUGUGGUUGGAGUGGGCAAUGGGGACGUACCAACGCUGGUAUUAGUAGGAGGCUGCGGGCCAGAGGGGUGUGAAGACUGUGAGAGAGAGAUGGAUGAGAUGGAUGAGGCCAUGGACCGAGUCGAUUCACCUUGUUAGAGGAUCAUUUAUAUCCAUCAACUUUUAAGGGCUGAAAAACGUAAAGACACUAUCACCGUGCUGGAGGAGGAUCGAUGUGAGCAAACAGAUCCAGUUUUUCUUUUCUUCCACUUUGACUUUCAGUGAAGUUGGGACGUACUAAAGACGCUUUAAGGCAAAUGAAACUGAUCAAACUGUUAAAGACUACAGUGUAUAGAUAUCACACUGACAUGCAGGACUGCAUGUUUUCUGGGUAUUUCUCAGUGCCUCAUGGUAGCAAAGUAAAUGUUUCUCCAUAUGUUAACACAUGUUUAUAUUAUUUUAUUGUUCAUAUUUUAAAGGUUCUGUAUGUAACCUUCAGAGAAUCCUUUUGUGACACCUCAGUUAAGUGAACAGCAGUCAGCAUCCUGUCCUAAAUUUGAGUUGCUACAGGUCCUUAAGUGAAGAUCUGUCUUCUGUCGGGCCGCUGCUGCAAACUGUAUAGAGGCCUAACGGAAGCAGGAAACAUGGACUCUGCUCCACACUGUAGUGGAGCUUGAGAGAGGCAAGGAACUCAGCAACGCGCAUUACGUCACAUCCAUUGAACUGUUUGAUAAGAAUUUGGACUGAGUCCUCUACAUAGAAGUUGAUCCACAGCCUGCUAGAGACAACUGAGAAAGUCGAGGAAAGUCUCACUUUUUAAGUUACAUUACAACCUGUUCACCACUGUCAAUAAAAACCAAUUAAUACUGGUACAAAGUUACAUACAGAACCUUUAACAUGCAAUGUAUCAGGACAGAUUAUCGCAAUGAUCAUUUCACUGCAUAGACAGGUUGGAUGUUUCUUCUCCUGUUGAUACCUAAACGGAUCAGCCUGUCCUUUAGAGUAAAUACUGAAAUAUAUUCUCAUUUAUCUGAGUGGGGCAUGUUUCCUUUUUCAAGCUCUUCUCUCUCUUGUGACAAACUUUAUGUACACCAGAGGCUACAACAAACACUCUCCCUGCA